AUGAUAGAUUCUAGAAGGGACGACCGGGAUAGGAGCAGAAGUCGAGACCGCUACAGGCGCGACGACGAUCACUACCGUGCCGAACAGGACCUGACCGAAGACGGUGAUGGGGGUAUGGUUGUGGACGAACAGCGACGUAGAUCAUACUCUCGCUCCCGUUCGAGAUCCCGAACCCGCUCUCCCCACCGACACCACCGACAUCACCGCGCCCCUUCGCAUGACCGUGAGCGCGAACCCGAGAGGGAAGGACGCCAUCGUGAGGGUGGUGAGCGCCGAAGGGAUGAUUUCCGAGGUGGUCGCGGACGAGGUGGUGGUAAGUUUGGUGCCCCGCGAGCUGAAUGGGAGAAGAGUGUUGGCGGUCCUAUGAAUGCUCCUGCCAGCGAGGCCGAGGCGCACGCCAAGGUCAGCAAGAGGGAGAACAGGUUGUACGUCGGCAACUUGGCGUAUGACUGCAACUAUAAGGAUCUUGCGGCGUUUAUGGAGCGAGGCGGUGGCAAGGUUAUCUUCUCCGAGGUUCUUACUACUCCUGCCGGUCAAUCAAAGGGUUGCGGUAUCGUCGAGUACGCCACCUCUGAAGAGGCUCAGCGAGGCAAGGCCGAGCUUUCCGACAAGCCUUUCUUUGGUCGAUCCGUGUUCAUCCGUGAAGACCGUGAAGAGAAUGCUCGAUUCGGCGCCCCUUCCAUCCCCGGGAAGAUUGGUAUCGCUAUGGGCGAGGCCAGGAACUUUUUGGGUGCUCAGCAAGGCUUCGGAGGGCCUGGGUUCGGCGGUGGCUUCAACAAUCCCAAUAUUCCCAACAGGAAUCUGUUUGUCGGCAACCUUCCUCUCCAAGCUUCUUGGCAAGACCUCAAGGACCUCAUGCGCCAGGCUGGCGAGGUGAUUCGAGCGGACAUCAAGUUUGGGCCUGACGGCAGCCCCAAGGGCAUCGGAACAGUCGUCUUUGUGAACGCGGAUGACGCCAAGGCGGCCAUCGAAAUGUUUAACGGCUUUGACUGGUUCGGCAACGUUCUCGAAGUACGCGAAGACCGCUUUGUCCAGAAUGGCGGCUUCCGAGGUGGUCGAGGUGGUGCCUUUGGCUUCCGAGGUGGCUUUAUGCCUCGGGGUGGCUUUGGCUUCCGUGGUGGCUUCCGAGGCGGUUUCCGAGGAGGAUUCGUGGGUGGUGGUAUGGGUGGCGGCCAUAUGGGCGGCAUGGGCAUGGGUCAUAUGAACGCUGCUCAGAAUGCUGCUCAAGGUGGCGCCGGCGCCGCAGCUGGCGGAAGGGCUUUCAACGACAAUAUCUACGCCGACUACAACGGUCCUGAAGCCGGCAACAUCCCUGUCGAUGCUGCCCCUAGUGGUUUGGAGCCCAUCCCUGCUGAGCCCAACCAGCAGAUCUUUGUUCGAAACCUCCCUUGGUCAACAUCCAACGAGGACCUUGUCGACCUCUUUGAGACCAUCGGCACUGUCACUGACGCCGAGAUCCUCUUCUCCAACGGUCAGAGCAAGGGAGAGGGUAUCGUGCAGUUUGCGGAGACCACAGAUGCUGCUAGCGCGAGUGAGAAGUUUAUGGGAUGGCCUUACGGUGGACGACAGCUUGAUGUCCAGUUCAACCCCCAAUGGCACGAGUUCUCUGCUUCCGCCAUCAAAGUCCCCGCUGCCGCCUAA